GCCUUCUACUUCUCGCGUGACGACGUGGCCCUCCCAGGCUUCGCCCACUUCUUCAAGGAGAACAUCGGCGAGGAGCGGGAGCACGCCGAGAAGCUGAUGUCCUUCCAGAACAAAAGAGGAGGACGCAUCUUCCUCCAGGACGUCAAGAAGCCGGACCGUGACGAGUGGGGCAGCGGACUGGAGGCCCUGCAGUGCGCUCUGCAGCUGGAGAAGAGCGUCAACCAGGCUCUGCUGGAUCUGCACAAACUGGCGACCCAGCACGUCGACCCUCAUCUGUGUGACUUCCUGGAGACUCACUACCUGAACGAGCAGGUGGAGGCCAUCAAGAAGCUGGGAGACCACAUCACCAACCUCACCCGCAUGGAUCCCCAGACCAACAAGAUGGCGGAGUACCUGUUUGAUAAGCACACCCUGGGCGGCCAGAGCUAAACGCACAACAUCAGGAUUGAGCCUGAAGGGACGAGCUUAACUCAGGCUUUAAAUAAUCGCACCCUUCUGCUCCAGCUGCUCAGUCGCUGAGCACAACCUGUAUCAAACAUGCUUCAAGUCAAAGAUGAGCUGUUGUGUUGGUGUCGAUGUUAAAGUGUCUAACAGAAGGAUUGAUGAUGAUGUUUGACACUUUGUCCGCCUGCGCCUUGUGAUUCUAACUUCUGUUUAUCAGAAUAAACAUUUUGAGCUGGA